GACUAUGACAGUAUUGAGUAUGACUAUUGACUAUUGAGUGUUGAGUCUGUACUGUCUCUGUGUCUCGGUACUCUCUAGUCACUACUCUAGUGACUACUCUCUUGUGACUUGUGUGAAGCAUAAAAAAAGAUAGGUCUGAAGUCUCUUCUCACUCUACUCACGUCUGACUAACUACUGUCUACAAAGUCACAACUCAUUAAUUCUAAAAAGACUCGCUAUUUUUUUAAUUUUCAUGCCUUCAUGGUUUGUUUAUUUACCUGAUUUAGAAAAUAAAAAGUUGAAUGCAAUAUUACGAUAAAAAUUCUACUGGUUGUAAAUUAACCGGGUAUUUCAAUAAUAAUUUGACUUGAUGCCCUAUGUUAUGUUGUGUUAUUAACUAUUAGAAUGUCAAAUCUGUGUAGAGACGAUUUCGAUUCGGGUCCUAAACAUGUAUUUUCUAUUGAAGACGGUCUAUGGCUAGGAAACUUAACAGCUGCCAUAGAUUUAACAUUUUUACGAAGCAACGGAAUUAACUAUAUAAUAACGGUGGAUUCUUGUCCAUUGCCAGAAAUUAUAUUAGAUUUGAGAGACAUUAAUGUUAAAUAUAUACAAGUUACCGAUAUGGAUGGAGAAGAUCUUUUAAGCCAUUUUGAUAGCGCAUAUGAGUUUAUAAAAAAAGGUCAAGAAAAAAGUUCUGUUCUUGUUCAUUGCUAUUAUGGAAUAUCCAGAAGUGCGUCAAUUAUAACAGCGUAUAUUAUGAAGAAGUAUAAAAUUAGUUUUGAUGAUGCUUUCCAAAGAGUUAAAGUUAAAAAUGCAGCUGCAUUGCCAAAUAUUGGUUUUCAAGCACAACUUAGUUUAUAUGAAACUCUGGGAUGGAAAAUUGAUAAAAACAAUAUGCAAUUUAAACUGUUCAGACUGAAAAUAGCUGCUAGAAAAGUAAAAAAAGUUAAAAUUUUGCCACAAGACUGUAUUGACGUUAUUAAAGGAGACCCAUCUCUAAUAUGUGCUAGACCAGAUCCAAAAGUUUAUCGAUGCCGUAAAUGCCGAAGGAUUUUAGCUUUACAAUCAAAUGUAUUACCCCAUUAUAUCAAUGAAAAAUUGUCAUGGAAAGAUUCAAAAUUAUCAUCAGAUUAUUCAAGCUCUCAACUAUGUUCAGACACAAUAUUUGUUGAACCAAUGACUUGGAUGUCAGUAAGCCAAUCUGAAAGUGGAAAGAUCAACUGUCCAAAAUGUCGAUCUAAACUUGGCUCAUAUAGUUGGACAAUGGGAUGUCAAUGUCAAUGUGGUGCCAAAGUAUCUCCAGCAUUUUAUCUUGUGCCAUCUAAAAUAGAUUACAGUGGAUUUUUGCAAAAUGUUCAGGCUACUGUUUGAAAACCUAUUUUCUUAAUAAUGAAUAUCAUGUGUUAUUCACUUAUUAAUAGAUGUUAAAUAAUAAUAAAUUAUUGAUACUUAAGACAAUAAACCCAAUAUUCACAAAACCAAAGAUCCUUUUAUUCAUAAAAGUAAAAAUUAGGUAAAUAGCGUUGAGCGAGCAGCUUUUUUUUGAUAUGUUAAGUUUUAUAACUAUUGGGCUGGUGAUUUUUAUGCCUUACCAUAGAAAAUAUUGAAAUGACGGUCCUCUUAUUAUUACUUUAUUAUAACAAUGUUUGACAAAUUUUAUCAGUGAAAAUACAUUAGACUAGUUAUAUUUUAUUUAAGAGUUUGUAUGUAACUGCCAACAAGUUCAACCUAAGUUCUUUUAUUGAAAUUGUAGCUUACUAAAGGACAAAUAAGUAUUUUAAGUUUAAAUUUAACAGAAAUCUGUUUAUAAGUGUUCAUAAUAAAAAUAUUAAUAAAAUGUAGAUUGAAAUACCUAUAUGGAAACACUUUUUAACCUUAUUUUAAUAUAUAUAUUUUUUUUAUCAUGACUGAGGAUAUAAUAUAACUCCAAUAAAAAUAUUAAACGCCAAAUUUUGGCGAGGUUAUCAUAAGGUAUAGCUAAUAUAUUUUAUUAAUUUGGUUGAUAAUUAGCUUAUUUAAAUUAUUCAAACUUUUAAGUUUUAACUUAUGACCAUUUUUCUUGUACAUAUCUUAGUAUUAUAAUAAAAUAAACAUUAUAAUUAAUAAUGUCAACAAUAUUUUAAUAACAAUUUCCCUCUUUUAGAGUAUUUUGUUUAUAUUAUAUUUAAAUCACUGUCAGUCUGAUAUAAUUAUUAGGACAUGAUUUCUAUACUUAUUAUGUCACCUUAUAUUUUAUUAUGCUAUAAAUGGGCAAUAUACAGGAUAGUUUUUUGAUGCAAGACUAUCAUAUUUUUUGUUUUUACUUUUGGAAUGUUAAUACUUACAUUUUUAAUUUCAUUAUAUUCAUUAUAUAAGAGUAUUUCGAUAUAUAAAAGUCAAGUUUAAAACAAUUAGUUGAUUAAUUAUAAAUUAUAAGUAGAGCUCACGUUCUUAUGCACUAAACAAUAUCUUAAUAAUACAAUGCAAUAAAAACGGUGAAAUAUGUAAAAAAAUUUGAAAUAAAUUGACAUUUAUGUAAUAAUAAGAAAAACAUUUACAUAGUUUAUUACUUCAAUAAAUAUU